UGGCGGCCCAGCUUCGUUCGGGACCCAGGAAUUCCCUUGGGGCCCGUUUCUUCCUUUCCUUUAGCUAUUUGCUCCUCUUCCCACCUUUGUUUUCUUUAUUUAAGGCUCUCAGGCACCAACCCUACCUUACAUCCUGGCUUACCCUGCUGGGGGAAGGUGGGAUCCACUGACCAGACCCUGACAGCCUUCCUGGGCACCGGAGGCUUCAGCCCCCACCACGAUUCGCCUUUGCCUACAGCAUGCAGCCCCAGGAGAGUGGUGUCCGCUACAGCAGGUGGGACAACAGCAACCGGGAUGAAGUCAGCAUGACUGCCAUGUCCAGCACAGAGGAGCCCUCAUGCUAUAGGAGGCUCUCCCAGAAGUUGUGCUCAGGCAAGCUGGGGAUCGCUAUGAAGGUGCUGGGUGGAGUGGCCCUCUUCUGGAUCAUCUUCAUCUUGGGCUAUGUCACUGGCUACUACGUGCACAAGUGCAAAUAAAUGCUGCCAGCUCCCAUCCCUGGGACUCGCUCCCCCCCCCCGACCCACUCCCCCCCUGAGACUCGCCUCCCCCAGGACUCGCCCCCCACCACCUGCUCCCACCUCUGGGACUUGCCCCCCCCCCGGACCCGCUCCCCCCACCCGGGACCUGUUCCCACCCCUGGGACCCACUCCCACCCCUGGGACUCCCUCCCAUGUACACAGACCCCAGGGCAUAUGAAGAUGCCAGCGCGCACUGUGCAGCUCCAACAGCCGGGCACAGGCAAUGCCAGCUGCAUACAUGCUGGGGAUGAGGCUCAGUCUCAGUAGAGCUGGAGGGACCUCCCCAGGCUGAGCGCUGCCUGUGGUGUCCACAUCCCUUUGACCAAUGCUAGGCGAGAUCUUCCUCAGUCCAGGGCUUGGCCUGUAACUGAGGCAGGCCACCGUAGUGUCCUCCCUGUGGCCUUGGGCUAGGCUCCUGGCCCUCUAGGCCUUCCAGAUUCCUGGUUGUGCAGGGAGGGCCCUGAAUAAUGAUGUGUCCCCUACCUAUUCUUUUUAGGGGACACAGAUAGGGCCCCAUAUAGAAGACCUGUUUCUGUGCUUGGCACAGAGGCCUUUUCAAACACAACAUUGUAUGCUUUUUAUUUGAGACAGGGUUUCUUUGUGUAGUCUUGGCUGUCCUGGAACUCACUUUGUAAACCAGGCUGGUCUUGAACUCAGAUCCACUUGCCUCUCUCUUGAGUGCUGGGAUUAAAGGCAUGGGCCACAUG